UCCUCCCACUAAUAAAGCUUGAGUGCGCUGUACGUAUAAGGGUCGCGAAUGUAAAUUUUUUUUUUUCUAUUGAGAAAACUUUAUCGACCAUUAACAAAAGUGAAAUGACCGACAUCCGGGACUUGGAGAAGCAUGGCUGUGUACCAGACAGCGGCUGGUAUCUUGGAGAAGCUUCAGCGCAAGGAAGGGGCAGUCAAGACUCUGGUGUAUGAUAGCGGAUUUAAGAAUGUACGGCAGCUGUAUGCACUUGUUUGUGAGACACUGAGAUAUGCAUCAGUACUUGAGGACAUAAUAACAAGCUCACAAUUGCUACGUGGGACUAAGAAACUACCUCUCAGCUUGGCUAAGGUUCUAGUAUAUGACCUUCUGUUUGGGAAGGGACUACAGUGUGGUGGACGAUGGAAAGCAGUGAUCCUUGGCCAUAAGGCACGACUGCGGGCUGAGCUCGCACGGCUGAAAGUGAAAAAGAAGGUCAGCAGCAAUGAGGACUUGGUGACCUCUCUUGGAGGUGGAGCUGUGGGGCCUGCUCUACCACGUUAUGUUCGUGUGAACCCAAUUAAGACCUGCUUGAAUGAUGUGAUUGCUUACUUUAAACGCCGUGGGUACACAUACUUGGGCAAAGCACGCAGUAUUGAGGAGUUGGCUGAGCUUGGUCAAAAGUCUGGCAAGCGAUUCUUGCAAGACCUGCAUGUCCCAGACCUAUUGGCCUUCCCUCCAGGCACAGACCUGCACAAGGACUCUUUGUACACAGCAGGCCAUCUCAUACUUCAGGACAAGGCUAGUUGUCUCCCAGCACUGCUUCUGGCCCCUCCAGUGGGUUCCUGUGUAAUUGAUGCUUGUGCUGCUCCUGGAAACAAAACAAGCCAGUUGGCGGCAAUGUUACAGAACAAGGGGAAAUUAUUUGCUUUUGAUCUGGACACCAAGCGUUUAGCCACAAUGAGCACGUUGCUCUUACGAGCUGGAGUCACUUGUCAGGAGCUUGCCAAUCAGGACUUCUUGACAGUCAGUCCAGAGGACCCCAAGUACCAGAAAGUCAGCCAUAUCUUGGUGGACCCAUCAUGCAGUGGAUCUGGAAUUCCUGACCAAAUGAGGAUCCUGGCAGAUAAGGAAGAGUCUGCACAGUCUGAGCGGCUGGAGGCUUUGUCAGGUUUCCAGCGUCGCGCUUUGUCCCAUGCCCUUAGUUUCCCAUCUGUGCAGAGGGUUGUCUACUCCACCUGCUCCAUCCACCAACAGGAGAAUGAGGAGGUGGUGAGGGACAUCCUGGAGCAGCAUCCACAUUUCAGUUUGAUAGAUGCUCUCCCAUCUUGGCCCAUGCAUGGACUCAACAUCUUUCCAGGCUCAAGCUGCUGCUUGCGUGCAACCCUAUCAGACACUCUUACCAAUGGCUUCUUUGUUGCUGUUUUUCAGCGCCAGAAGAAAGAGAAUGAGAGCCAUUUUCCAGACAAACCUGAGGAGAAGACACCUAGCUGUGAUGUGGAAGUGACAACAAAUGAGCUGGAGAUAAUACAAAAUAAUGGAACAGAAGCAGAGACUGAGCCGAUGAAGAUUACCCACAAAAGCAAGAGGAAAGUAAAGUCUCGCAAGAAGAAACAAAAGACUGACAAGCUCUAGUUAGAGAGACAAUAAUAUUUUGCCUUCAGAGUUCCAAGAAGCCAGUAGCAGUGGUUACCUGCCUUUUAUCACAGUUUUGUUCCUUUGCUGAAUCCAACACUGAACUCCUGCAGUUGUGUAGCUACAGAUGCUGGCUGCCUUGUGUAGUGAGAGCAGUUCCCAUAACCAGAAAUAAUAACAUGCUGCUUCUGUAACACUGGUCAUAGAUUUAUUGAUAUCCAUAGUGCAUGUUGGAACUGUCAGGCCACUAUACACGUACCAACAAACCCGAACAAAAACUGUAUUCCAUUGGUUCUUGAUUGGGCAUGCCUGACAAUUAAAUCUACUGGAGCCCUAUAUCUGCCA